UCACAUGUUCGGUAACUGGAGGCUGUGAGGCGACUCAUCUCCCGGCUCAGGGCAUGCCUGCUGGGAUGGCUCAUACUAAACCGGAAACGAGUGAAGUGCAGCUGAAUGGAACUUCAGAGCUCAUGGAUCUGCUUCACAUCGACGUGGAGACAGAUGCUGUGGACACCAAGCCCGGGAGAGAAGACCUGCCCUGUUCUAGGAAUGUCCUGAGGAAGCAGCGGCACUGGGAGAAGCAAGUGGCUGCGAAGAAGAGCAGGAGGAAAGAAGAGAAGCUGAGGAGGAAGAUGAAUCGUGAGCUGGAGUCCGGUGCUAGCACAGAGCGUCAGUUUACCAAGCGGGUCAUGAAGGCGAUCACUAAAGAGCGUCUAGCUGAGGCUCGGUCCACGGGGCUCAAGCUCUGCGUCGACCUCAGUAUGACAGACUGCAUGUCUGAUAAGGAGAUAAGCCGACUGGCAGGCCAGCUGAGGCGGCUCUACGGGUCGAAUAAGAAGGCGACCAGACCGUUUCACCUGUUUCUGACAGACCUGAGAGAGGACAGCCGUCUCUACAGAGAGUGCGUGCGAAUGAAUGACGGCUUCCUCAACUACACGAUGGAUAUAACAGACGAAAGCUGUCUGAACCUGUUUCCUCCAGAAUCGGUUGUCUACCUCACUCCAGAUGCUGAAGAAGGUGUGAAAAGAUUUGAGCAAAGAUGCUUUAAAUUAGAUUAG